ACCAGCAUGGCCAUGGCCACUGCUACCUCUUCCGCCAUGUCUGCUGCAACAACCACAGCGUCCAGUAUGGACAUGGGCAGCAGCACCUGUCAGAUCUCAGUAAGUUCUGUUUAAUCGUUUCAAUCGUUUCAAUUAUUCUAAUCUUCAGAUGCUGUGGAACUGGAACACAAUCGACGCCUGCUUCAUCUCGAGCUCGUGGCACAUCCGAUCGCACGGCAUGUUUGCCGGCUCCUGCAUCGGAAUCAUCCUGCUGGUGAUGUGUCUUGAAUUUCUGCGUCGAGCAGGACAGGAGUACGAUCGCUUCCUGGUACGAAUCCAUCGCCAGAGAGUGCUGGCGAUGCAGUCCACAAACAACGGCACCGGAGGCAGUGUUUCUGCUCGCGUCUCGCCCACCGUCUUCCAACAGGUUGUUCGGGCCUUUCUUCACCUCUGCCAGUUUGCUGUGGCUUACUUCAUUAUGCUUCUUGCAAUGUACUUUAAUGGAUAUAUCAUCAUUUGCAUCUUCAUCGGCGCCUUCAUCGGCUCAUUCAUCUUCUCAUGGGACACUCUGAACCUAGGUAUCGGUGAAGAUAAACUGUCCAGUGUUUCUAACGAGCCGACUGUCUGCUGCGGUUGAUCGGAUUGGUAUAUAGUACAGUACAUAGUAUAUAUUAGUAUAAAUUGAGUUAUGACUUUAGUUCGAUAGAAUGAGAUAUUGAAUACAAAACCCAAAUGGCAUUAUCAUAAGUCAUGAAUUGAAUCAUUGAAUUUCUUCCAUUCCACUUAG